AUGGCGGGUCUGCAUACCUCCCUCAGGCCCCAACCACCGUCUUCUGCAGCCAACAAUCACUCCUUCAUUGUGAAGCUUCUCCUCCUCCUGAGCAUUCUCCCUUUAUCACUCUCUCUCUUCGCUUUCUUCCUUCAGUGGAGAGGCGGUGGCGUCGACGAUCCCAUCUCCCGAUGGUCCCCCGAUGAGUCCCAUAAGUUCCCCGGCAUGGACUCCUCCCCUCUUGCCACCGGGGGACACUCAUCUUCUUCGCAUUCCUUUGAUUGUUCUAUGCUGUUGGGACACUCCAACACGGCGUCGUUUCCUUACUACAGAGACUGGAAAUUUAAAUUUGAUUCGGAUCUGAAGCCCAAGAUAUGUAUUACGACGAGUACGUCUGCUGGCUUAGAGCAGAUUUUGCCAUGGAUGUUCUAUCAUAAAGUUAUUGGGGUGUCAACGUUUUUGCUUUUUGUUGAAGGGAAGGCUGCAUCUCCUGCUGUGUCCAAAGUCCUUGAAUCCAUUCCUGGAGUGAAAGUAAUAUACAGAACCAGAGAGCUGGAAGAGCAGCAAGCUAAGAGCCGGAUCUGGAAUGAAACAUGGCUGUCAAGUUUCUUUUACAAGCCUUGCAAUUAUGAGCUUUUUGUGAAGCAAUCCCUCAACAUGGAGAUGGCAAUUGUCAUGGCAAGGGAUGCUGGCGCUGACUGGAUAAUUCAUCUAGACACUGAUGAAUUGUUACAUCCAGCUGGUGCUCGGGAGUAUUCUUUGAGGCAAUUGCUAAUUGACGUGCCUGGGAAUGUGGACAUGCUCUUUUACUUCGAGAGUGUUACAGUUGGAGAACCAUCUGAACUAGCCCUUGCUGUUUUUCUAUGCUUAUCCUCUUGGGGCGAGGAAGAAAUUAGUGAGAGAGAAGAGCGAGAGCUCUGUUGUUAUGGCUCUGGAGAGGUGGUUUGCAAGGAGAGAGGCGUUGGAAUGGGACCAUUGGGUUAUAGGACCCAAGCGACAGCAACCCACUGA